AUGGGGUUGCGAAGUCGAUGGAAGAUGGAGUCCACAAGUCCCCCUUUCCAGAAGGAAAAUGAACUUCUAGGCGGUCCUGUGUGUCUACCUAUCUACAUUCCGCAGAGGACUUCUGCCCUGUAUCCUGUGCAUGACCUGCGCACAUACCUAGAGCAAGAUCUGUGGACACCGCGUCUGGACAAAAUCCAUCAACAUCUCUGGCUCGCAGGUCUUCCUAGGGCUGCCCGGCCAUUGCAUCGACAAAAACUGCUUAAUCGCACAAUCAUAGUCACCGAAGAUCCUAACGAGCACCUUGUAUGGCAUGAGUCUCGUAUAUUCGUCAAACCGCUUCCGGAAUAUCUGCUUUCCUAUCAGUUCUGGACGGACCAUCUCGAAAAGGAAUUUCAAGAUGAAUCUUUGCGUAAAGCUGCUUAUGGACUUCUCCUAUCCUACAGCUGGCUUAUAUGUCAUAAAUCCGACCUCAGCGUAGCGCAUUCCAGCGGUCUUCUGCCAGAAUCAAUCAUUUGGGAGAAUUGGGUGAACUUUCUGGCCGACUUUCUCAGUUAUGUUGAUAUAGGGUCCCUUAGCAAUGUCUCCAUUCGGUACCGAUACGGCGAGCUGCGUCUCUCAAGACUGCACCGGAUAUACAGAUUUUUCCCUUCAGUCUUCUCCCCAACAAAUUUCAUCAAGGGAUUCAAAUCCGAGUCAACGUGGUAUAAAGCCUUCUUCGCCCGCAAUUUCAGUUGGAUCUUUGCAAUUUUUGCGUACGUCACCGUUGCAUUAAGUGCGAUGCAGGUAGGACUUGGGACACAAAAGUUACAGGAAAAUCGUAACUUCCAGCAAGGAUCAGAACGAUUCGCAGUUGCAAGUUUGAUUCUGCUCGCUGCCAGUGUGGCGCUGAUUGUUAUCAUCUGGGUCUUUCUAUUUUGCUUUCAUUUCCUAUGGGCCAUGCAGAGUCUGAAGCAUCGAACGCAUUAG